UCUGUACAUCUGGAAGUGUCCUUGUCUGUACGCCGCUGUUUCAAAUUUGGGGAGAUUCAUGAUGAAUUGAGAACCCCGCUUCCCCCAUGAGCCACGCGCUGACGGUCGAGCAAGCAAGCACUCUUCAAGCUCAUCCGCUGGAAGGCCCCACCAGUCCAGAAGGCAGCGUGUCCAAGGGAGCCGGAGCAGUGAUGCUUAUCAGCCCAGCAGAUUGCCCGAGAACAGGAUCAUCAAACCAGCCAUCAAUCAACCCUCGAUCGAUCAAACCACUAGGAAACUUGAUCCUAUCUCCACCGGAUGCCUACGCUGCUCGUGCCAAAAGUCUGGGGAAGCUAUCGAUCCUCCCGGAUGAAUUACUCCUGCUAGUCUUCUCAGAACUCUCACCACCAGAGCUGCAUGAUUGCCAAGCCGUUAGCACGUAUUUCUUUGCUUGGUGUGCCGGACUAGACGGUCUUUGGAAACCUGGCUUUAUCUCCGAAAACCGCGGCUGCCUGUCUGACUGGAGAGGCAGUUGGAGAUCGAGCUAUAUCUUGAAAUUCAUCAGCUCGCCCAAGAAGCUCGGUCUCGAACGAACCAGCGAUCGUCUCCCGACCGAUUCGAUUAGAGUACCAAAUGUCUUCUCAGAUGUCUUAUUUCAACCUAUCCUAUGUGUCAACCAUUCCAUCAGUUCCAUCAUCGCUCAUCUGGUCGGCUCGAGAAAGUUUCACUCCAACAUCCGCAAACUUACUGUCAAAGAACCACGAGCAUUCCAGCAUUCCAACCGGCCUAUGAUUCUGAAGGAGUUGAUCGAAGACUGGCCAGCAUACAGCCGUUCAUCAAGUCAUCGUUGGACACUCGAAUCAUUAACCCAGCGAUACCCGAACCUUCAAUUCAGGGCCGAAUCAACUCUCACCACGCUCGAAGAUUACCGAGAGUAUCACGAUAACUGUCAGCUGGAUGAAAGCCCGGUUUACUUAUUCGACAGUCAAUUCGUCGAAAAAUCAGCUACACCUCGAUUCAAUAGAGGCUUAGCCGACGAUUUCUCGGUGCCUGAAAUCUUUCGGCAGGAUCUGUUUUCUUGUUUGGGGGAUCAAAGACCUGACUACCGUUGGCUUAUUAUAGGGCCUGCCAGAUCUGGAUCAACUUGGCAUAUCGACCCCAACGGAACCUCCGCUUGGAAUGCGGUGAUUACCGGCAAAAAGUAUUGGAUUUGUUUCCCUCCUCAUACCACUCCACCCGGUGUGAUGGUCAACGAAGAUGAGAGUGAAGUCGAGAGCCCUUUAUCGAUCUCCGAAUGGUUUCUGAACUAUUAUGAGUUUGCAAAGAAGACCUAUGGUAGCUUUGCCAAAGAUCCUGAGACGCGCGGUCUAAUGCUGGAAGGUGUGUGCGAGGCCGGUGAGACCUUCUUCGUUCCUUCCGGUUGGUGGCAUCUCGUUGUGAACUUGGAACCAUCGAUUGCGAUUACCCAAAAUUUUGUCUCAGAUAACGAAUUGGGGUCGGUGCUACAUUUCAUGAAGCACAAACCAGACCAAUUAUCCGGAUUCAAAUUGGCUAGAAAGGAGCUCAUGACUGGAGGGGGUUGCAGUGAUAGUCCAACCGACAAACUGUCGUCAUCAAUCCUUGAGACUUUUAUCUCUCAACUCUCUCGGUCCCAGAAAGUUUCGGAGCAAACUUUGAGCUUGGCCUUGAACUCGGUCGAACAAAUAGAAUCCGAACGGAAUCACAAUCGGACUACGAGAUUGGAGCUCCAGCGAAAGGGUGAGGAGGCCAACCACCAAGCUAAGAAGCGGAAGAAUCAAUCCACCGAUCGACCGGAUUCUUCAACCAGUUCCUCGAUGUGGAAUGAAAUCAAGAGGUCAAAAUUAAAUCUGAUCAGUGGUCACCUGAAUAAACAAUCAGACGAUGCGGCCGAUAUAGCCCAGCACUGCAACUCCCUUGUUGGGAAUGACGCGACUGAACCUAGUCCUGAUGCCGGUGGCUUCAAGUUCGGGUUUGACUUGGAAUAACGAUACUGCCCCCUUUUUUUUUUUUUUUUUUUUUUUUUUUUGCUUGCUUGCUUGGAUUCUUUGUUUAUGAACACUGCAACUGUCUGUCGUUUUUCUCAGCUUGAUACUCAACAGUUGUACACCCAAAAGGUUUGUUUGCUGAGCAUUUUAUGUACUUGGUCAUGAAUUUGCUUUGCACAGUGUUUACCAAAUGACAUCCCAUUUUCGCUUCAUUCAAAUGGCUUCAUCCUCCUGAGUAG